CUCGUCAACGAGUCGAAGCGGCGCGACGGGAACAAGGGCGUCUACCUCGACCAGUUCGGGUGCUUCAUGCAGUCGCUCGCGCCCGUCUUCGAUCGGAGCCCGCGCUACGCGUGGAUCGCGAAGAUCCUCCUCGAGCCGGAGCGCUUCAUCUCCUUCCGCGUGUCCUACAUCGACGACAGCGGCAACACGCGCACGAACCGGGGCUUCCGCGUCCAGUACUCCGACGUUGAAUCACUCUUGUGCUGCCCAGGCCUCCACUUCGGCGCGCACGUCGACGCGGACCUCGUCAAGUCCAUGGCCUUCGACGGCAACUUCGGCAACGCGCUCACGGGCGCGCGGCUCGGCGGCGCCGCCGGCGGGUCCAACUUCGAGCCGCGCCUCGCGUCGGAGUCCGAGAUCCAGCGCUUCUGCCAGUCGUUCAUGACGGAGCUCUCCAAGUACGUCGGGCCGGACCGCGACCUGCCGUCCAUGGGCGUCAACGUCGGCGCGGCGGAGGUGGGCUACCUCUACGGCCAGUACAAGCGCACGACGGAGCACUACGCGCGCCACGGCCGGGGCAUCUUGUGGGGCGGCGCGCUGCCGCACCCCGAGGUCUUCGGCUACUCGGCCGUCCACUUCGCG